GCCCACAAUCACGUCGAAAUACGAGUUGGAGCAGAGGAAGCGGCAAGCGAGCUCAGUGCGGCGAAUUUUACAUUUGACGAUAAAAUACUGCAAAGCUUUUCAUAUUCUACCCCCUAAUCGAUAGCGACCUCGACUGAAACGCUACUAUUGCAUCGUUAAGCACUUGACGGUGACCAAAAAAGGAUCAUGGAUGAGCUCCAGGAUGUACAGCUGACUGAGAUCAAGCCGCUCCUGACCAAUAAGAAUGCACGCAACUUUCAGGAUUUUGACUGUCAGGAGCAUGACAUUGAGACUCCUCACGGCGUUCUUCAUGUGACAAUGAGGGGCGUUCCCAAGGGCAACAGACCCGUCAUCCUCACCUAUCACGACAUCGGCCUCAACCACAAGUCGUGCUUCAACACCCUGUUCAACUACGAGGACAUGCAAGAGAUCACGCAGCACUUUGCGGUGGUCCACGUGGACGCGCCCGGCCAGCAGGAGGCCGCGCCCCCCUUCCCCAGCGGCUAUCGCUACCCAACUAUGGAUGAGUUGGCUGAAAUGCUGCCGUCGGUGAUGACUCAGCUGAAGGUCAACAGCGUCAUCGGCAUCGGCGUGGGAGCCGGAGCGUACGUCCUCUCCCGCUUUGCCCUGAACAAUCCCACGCUGGUGGAGGGCCUGGUGCUCAUCAAUAUCGACCCGUGCGCCGAAGGCUGGAUCGACUGGGCCGCAUCAAAACUAUCCGGAUGGACCAGUAACCUGGUUGAUAUCGUCAUGGCUCAUCAUUUCAGCAGCGAUGAGCUCACCGAAAACCAGGAGCUGAUCCAGACGUACCGGCUCCAUAUCGCCCAAGACAUCAACCAGGACAACCUGGCCCUCUUCUGCGGCUCCUACCAAUAUCGCCAGGACCUGGAAAUCGAACGGCCCAUCGUAGGUUUGAACGAGAGCACCGUCAACACGCUAACGUGCCCCGCUUUGCUGGUGGUCGGUGACACGUCGCCUGCCGUGGACGCCGUGGUGGAAUGCAAUUCCAGGUUAAACCCAACAAAGACCACCCUGCUGAAGAUGGCCGAUUGCGGAGGCUUGCCCCAGGUUGUGCAGCCGGGAAAACUUGCUGAGGCCUUCAAGUACUUUGUCCAGGGAAUGGGCUACAUCCCUUAUGUCCUUCUCAGUCACCUGAGCAACGAAUCAGUGCCGUCGGCAGGAAUGACUCGGCUGGCUCGCUCGCGCACCGCCUCUUCUUCCAGCGCCACCUCCAUGGACAGCAGUCGCAGCCGCCACAACUUGAACAGCCUGCUGGAGAACAACGCCCCCGCGGCGCUGGAGCGCCAGGCCGCCCCCCAGACCAUGGAGGUGUCCUGCUGAGGUCGCCGUCCGUCCGGGCGCUCCCUUCGUAACUUAUGUGCCCUCUCGUACACUCAAUUCAAUGCCCGCAGGUUCCGGAAGGAACCACGUGAUUUAGAAGAUGAUGUAGUAAUCUCCAUAGAUCCCGAAACAGAAACCUCUUGUUAACUCUUCUGUUGUUAAAAGAAAGACAUUCCUUAACCGUUACUACCACUACAUUCUUGUAUAUCCACAGGUGACAGGUCGCUCACCUGACUUGUAUUUAUUGUUUUUCACCCAUCAGUGUUGUUCAUAUAGUGUUGCUUUUGUCAUUGUAUGCUACACCAUCUAAAGAUGCUGCCUCCAUGAAUUGCGAGUCGCGCUUGAGUUGUGGAUUUUUAUCGGCAGACUGGACUGCAAAUUGUUGCAAUGGGAUGCAGUGUGCAGUGAGCGUGUAAACGCCCACAAGUGGUUAGCCUUAAUCUCAUAACUGCCCAGGUACUUUCGAAAAUUUUGGGGGGGGAAACAAGAAAACAAAUUCAACAAACAGGAAGAGUCCAGUUGCCUCGAAUCAACCUUUGCAGAUUCCAGGACCCUCUUGACUGAAUCUACAUUAAAACACACUCUUUUUUUAGCAAGCACUUUGUUUUUUGUUUGGGUUUUUUUUCCCCCCCCACCUCUGUUGUGACAGUAAGUUUAACGUGACUUGUCCAAUCAUGCAAAAUGUAGCUGCAGAAUGAAGGUUGCAAUACGCACUUCAACUAAACGGUACAUGCCAGCCAAAUACAGCUUGAAGUAACGUUUAGUGCACGCCGAAAUGUGUCCGAUUGCCUCUUGAAACUCAUUUACACUAAAUUUGUCCCCCCUUCCCCAUUUUAUUUGUGCACUGUGUUGAUUUGUCAUGUGGCCCGCGGGUUUCUCUCACUUGUCUGCUGACUUUUACUGACUACUCAAUAAAGAGGUAGAAUAUGAA